AUGAGGACAGAGGAGAGAGGAGGCGAGGAGAGAGGAGAUGAGGACAGAGGAGACGAGGACAGAGGAGGAGAGGAGAGAGGAGGCGAGGAGAGAGGAGAUGAGGACAGAGGAGACGAGGACAGAGGAGACGAGGACAGAGGAGGCGAGGAGAGAGGAGGCGAGGAGAGAGGAGAUGAGGAGAGAGGAGACGAGGAGGAGACGAGGAGAGAGGAGAUGAGGACAGAGGAGACGAGGAGAGAGGAGACGAGGAGAGAGGAGAGAGGAGACGAGAGAGGAGAUGAGGACAGAGGAGGCGAGGAGAGAGGAGGCGAGGAGAGAGGAGACGAGGAGAGAUGA